AUGCGGAGCUGCGAGGGGAAUGCCUGCUGUGGAUCGAAGGAGGGGGAGCUGGCACAACACUUUGGCACCGAUUCUCAGCACCCCGGCGCUCGUGCUCCCUAUACGAGACACACGCGCGCGACCUUCACUCCUCGCCCACCGCGGGAUAAUUGUCACGCCAUGGAAGCCACUUGGAGGGAUGAACAGAACCCGACCGUUCAUGGACUUGGCGACGAUUUCUUCACCGAGCAGCGCAUCAUCGCCGCAAUUGCUGUAAUGUCGCCGGUGUUCAUUCCGUUCGGAGCCUGCCUCGUGGUCAUCGUUCUUUGGUACAAUUGCGUAGCGCGACGGAUACAGCGGCAGAUCGAGAAGGCCGAUAAACAGCGACAGCCCUCAUCGCUGCGACUCACCGCCAGUCAGGACACACUACAGGAUCCACCACCCACCAUUCGAAUCGACCAA